CCGGAGAACACGUGUGAUGCGCCUCGAGUUUGCGGGACUCAUCCGCGUCGCUAAGCGCGGUUAAUGGAGAGGAAGUGAGGGUGCAGGUGGAGCGCCACGCGCUUAUUGUCUUAUCUACACGGGGACGGGUAACGCGUCGGUCUUUAUUUACCUCUGCACGCUUGUUUUUGGACAUGUCUGGUGUGAUCCGAGGCCCUGCUGGUAGCAACGACUGCCGGAUUUAUGUGGGGAAUCUUCCGCCUGACAUCCGCACUAAAGACGUCGAAGAUGUGUUUUAUAAAUACGGAGCGAUCCGAGAUAUCGAUCUGAAAAACCGGCGAGGUGGCCCUCCGUUUGCCUUUGUCGAGUUUGAGGACCCCAGGGAUGCUGAGGAUGCAGUUUAUGCUCGUGAUGGUUAUGACUACGACGGCUAUCGGCUUCGAGUGGAGUUUCCCAGAAGUGGACGUGGUAUGGGCAGAGGGGGCUUUGGUGGAGCCCCUAGAGGCCGAUAUGGUCCCCCAUCAAGGCGAUCUGAAUACAGAGUCAUCGUUUCAGGUUUACCACCAAGUGGCAGUUGGCAAGAUCUGAAGGAUCACAUGCGUGAAGCAGGCGAUGUAUGUUAUGCUGAUGUUUUUCGAGAUGGGACUGGCGUGGUGGAGUUUGUGCGCAAAGAAGACAUGACCUACGCCGUUCGAAAACUGGAUAACACUAAAUUCCGGUCACAUGAGGGGGAAACCUCGUAUAUCCGGGUGAAAGUGGAUGGCCCACGCAGUCCCAGCUAUGGAAGAUCAAGGUCCCGGAGUCGCAGUCGCAGCAGGAGUCGCAGUCGUAGCAACGAGCGCAGCCGCAGCUUCUCGUCACGCCGUGGCCGAAACUCUCCUCAGUAUUCCCCCCGGCACAGCCGCUCCCGCUCUCGCUCCUAAGCCUUCAGCUCACUGCUGCUGUGUGGUGCUUUGGGUUUGUGAUUCCCUUCCCCUGUUUUUGGUGAAGCUGUUGAGUUGUUUUUACAUCCCCUCCCUUCUUCCUUUUUUAACUCUUAGUUUUACCCACAGCCCCCCAAUGUCUUCCUUAUGAAACUUAUUUUUCUGAUAGCCCCUGCCCCGCUCCUGUCUCUCACCCCCAUGUCUUAACCAUCAACACCCAUCUGAUUUUUAACACCGCUUUUUUAAAGGACUGUGCUGACUCCCUUCACAUUCUCACCUUUCUUUUGUCCUCUUUUGAAUACGAGAUGGAACUCUCAUUGACCAAACAAAGAGUUGUUCAAUGCCUCUGAAUAUUUUUGUAAAUGCCAUCUACUGUUUUUCAUGAGCGUGGGCUCACAUGUUUUACCCCUUUUGUCUUCCUGUAGUUGCUUGACACGAAAGAUGAACUGAUACUUUGUAAUAAAGAAUUGCUGAAGCAUUUGAGUUACAAGUUUAA